GUGGGUCCAGCUGGAGCUGGAAUGUGGUGACGUUGUCGCACCUCGGGCGGUUGGCGGCGCGAGCAGCAGCGGCGGCGGCUUCUUUGUUGUCGGUGACGGAGACCGUGGCAGGGGGAGGGCGGGGGAAAAGAGAGAGAUGAACGUGGACCGGAUCGAGUUGUGCGAGAGCCUGUUAACUUGGGUCCAGACAUUUGGUGUGCAGGUGCCAUGCAAGAAAAUAGACGAUUUGACAAGUGGGGUCGUGAUGGCACAAGUGUUACAGAAAAUAGAUCAAUCAUGGUUUGAUGAAACCUGGAUGAGUCGUAUCAAGACAGAAGUGGGGGACAACUGGCGACUAAAGGUUAGCAAUUUGAAGAAAAUAUUGAAAGGAAUUAUGGAUUAUUAUCAUGAGGUCUUGGGACAACAGAUUACAGACUUCCCUUUGCCAGAUGUUAAUAUGAUCGGAGAACACUCGGAUGCAGCAGAACUUGGACGAAUGCUACAGCUCAUUCUUGGCUGCGCUGUCAACUGUGAGCAAAAACAAGAACAAAUACAAACUAUUAUGAUGAUGGAGGAGUCUGUUCAGCAUGUUGUCAUGGCAGCCAUUCAAGAGCUUAUGAGUAAAGAAACUCCAGCAUCAGUUGGGAAUGAUGCUUAUCUGGAUCUAGAUCGUCAGUUGAAGAAAACUACUGAAGAGCUAAAUGAAGCAUUAGCUGCCAAGGAGGAAAUUUCUCAAAGAUGUCAUGAACUGGACAUGCAGGCAUACCUUUCUCGAGAUGUGAUUACUAGACUGAAAUUAGAAUGCAAUGAACUAGAAGAAAGGGUUGCAACUCUACAAGAAGAAAAAGGCAGUUUACUAGUAGAAAACCAAGCUCUUAUGGAGCGCCUCAACCAAUCUGAUUCUAUUGAAGAUCCGAAUAGCCCAGCAGGACGUAGACACCUUCAACUACAAACUCAGUUGGAACAACUACAGGAAGAGACUUUUAGAUUGGAAGCAGCAAAAGAUGAUUAUCGAAUUCGAUGUGAGGAACUUGAAAAAGAAGUUUUAGAAUUACGGCAGCAGAAUGACGAGCUUACUAGCCUUGCAGAAGAAGCCCAGUCUUUAAAGGAUGAAAUGGAUGUGCUUAGGCACUCUUCUGAUAAAGUGACUAAGUUGGAGGGUAUGGUAGAGUCAUAUAAGAAGAAGCUGGAAGAUUUGGGUGACUUGCGUCGGCAGGUGAAGCUUCUGGAGGAAAAGAACACAAUGUACAUGCAGAACACAGUCAGUCUAGAGGAGGAGUUACGAAAAGCAAAUGCUGCACGAGCCCAACUAGAAACAUACAAGAGACAGGUUCUUGAGCUUCAAAACAGGUUGUCCGAGGAGUCCAAAAAGGCAGACAAAAUGGAGUUUGAAUAUAAAAGACUAAAGGAAAAAGUGGAUACUCUUCAAAAAGAAAAAGAAAGGUUAAGAACCGAGAGAGAUUCUUUGAAAGAAACUAUUGAAGAACUGCGAUGUGUUCAGGUGCAUCAAGGCCAACUUUCAGCCGGUCUUAUUCCAAUCAACAGUCAAGAGGCACCAGACAGUUUAGCAGCAGAGAUACUCACACCUGAAAUCAGGGAAAAACUUAUCCGGUUACAGCAUGAAAACAAGAUUCUGAAGUUGAACCAAGAGGGAUCAGAUAACGAAAAGAUAGCCCUACUGCAAAGCUUGCUGGAGGAUGCCAACAGAAGGGAGAGUGAACUGGAAACAGAGAAUAGGCUAGCCAAUCAGAGGAUUUUGGAAAUACAGUCUCAGGUUGAAGAGCUUCAGAAGGCAUUGCAAGAUCAGGGCUCAAGAGCAGAAGAUUCAAUUCUUCUGAAAAAGAAACUGGAGGAGCAUCUGGAGAAGCUUCAUGAAGCCCACACUGAGCUUCAGAAGAAACGAGCUUACAUUGAUGAUUUAGAACCAAAAUACAAUAACAGCUCUCAAAAAAUUGAAGAGCUUCAAGAAGCCUUGAGAAAGAAAGAUGAAGAUAUGAAACAAAUGGAGGACCGAUACAAGAAGUACCUAGAAAAGGCUAAGAGUGUUAUCAGGACCUUGGAUCCCAAACAGAACCAAGGAGCAGCCCCCGAAGUUCAAUCUUUGAAAAAUCAGCUGCAAGAAAAGGAACGAAUGUUGCAUUCCUUAACGAAAGAAUAUGAGAAGACAAAGAUUCAGAGAGAUCAAGAAGAGAAGCUGAUUGUUAGUGCAUGGUAUAACAUGGGAAUGGCUCUUCAUAAGAAAGCAGCUGAAGAAAGGCUUGCCAGCACUGGUUCAGGACAGUCCUUCCUAGCGAGACAGAGACAGGCAACAAGUACACGGCGACCUUAUCCUGGGCACGUUCAACCAGCAACAGCAAGUGUUUCAGCUGUCUGCAUUUUCUAUCAUGAGAAAAGACCAUUCAGCCAUCAAAUCUACUUUCUCUGGGUCAACAACACUCCUAUCACAACAUCCAGCCCUAUUUGGAACAAAACUAACCUGUUUAACUUUUCUACCUUGCCUGGCAUAUUAUUUCACACAUUUAUCAUUCUUUAGGAGAUGUACUUCUGCCUGAUUCCUGCUUUGGAAUAUUUUCACUCAUUUCCACUUAUGCUUUCCUUCUGUUUACUUGAAGUAGUGAUAUGAAUUGAUGUUUCGAUGCUAAGUAUUUUGCCGUGCCUUGAUGGUCUUUUUUUUCCAGAAUAUAAAGCUGUUUUUCAUUGAGAUUGGACUUCUCUCUCCUGUGUCCUUUACUACAUCAAUAUAUGUCUUUUUCGGUGAAUGUGCUGUUGAGAACUGGAUACAGUAAUUUAUGCAUAAACACCAAAAAUGCCAAAAACACAACAGGUCAAACAAUGUAGAAUUGGCAUUUCAGGUCAAUGACACUUCUUCAGCAAUGGCAGUAUUUUUCAUCUGUUUUCUAGUUGUGUAAAUUGUUGUCCUACCAGUGUACUGGAAAUCUUACAACUUCAUGGGCUUCCACUAAAUAUCCUGUAUAAGCUGUUUAGUCAUACUACUUAUAUGUUGAAAAUGGUCUACUCUUCUGAUUCUUUUCUAAAUAUGUGUGAACUCAAUUGUCACUUAUAUCAUUUUUGACCAAUACAUUGAUCAAUAGCCAGUUUUGACUUUUUAGCAAAACUGUUCUCUCUACCAUUCUAGAGUUAGCCCUACAAAUUUGAUCCGUUUAAUUAAGAUUUUCAAAUGGACUAAAAUAAUCCCUCGGUUGACACAGCUCUAUUUCCUUGUUAACCAGUUUCUUGCUUGGUCCUUUGCUGUUGUAGUUAAACUUAAAGGGAUGUGCAGGGCCAAAGAUUACAGUCCUAUCAAGUUGGCCCCAAACGAAUUUUAUAAGUCUUCUGAUAAAACAUUUUAUCCAACUUGUAGCAUCAAAAAUGUUGUUCAAAAAGGUCCUACCUCUCUCAAUCCUUGCUGACAGUUUCUAAUAAAGUUAUUCCUGUAUAGAUUCCUCUUCCAAUCUGUCCCUUUAUUAAAGAUUUAUUUCAUCUUAAAUUAUGUACUUGGCUGCAAUAUAGUUUGAUACCAAGAAAAAUGGGAUGAUUGGUAGCUUACGUGCUUUUCUUAACAUUAUAUUUGUCAUUUUUGUUUGAGUAGUCAAAUAAAAGCUAGAAACCCUAAUCUUGUCAAAUGUAUAGAGGGAUUUAUUAUGCUGUAUUUCUUCCUACGACUAAAACGUGAAGAGAUUUAAAGUUUAAGCUUUGCAUUAUACCAGUUAUUUUUGCGAAAUCCGUAAUAAAUCAUGAAUUACAGAAUUGUUGCAUUAUCAUGAGCUACAAUAUGAUCUUCCAACACUUGCUUCACUAUGGCUUGGGUAGCAGGAAUUGACAACUUGCCAAAAUGCAUUAACGUUUGUAUUAUGAAUAUUGUCAGUGUCCUCAUUGUUAUCAAUAGGUACACCAUUCUUCUUUUACAGUUACUUUUGUUGCUUAUGCAGGUUACAUUACUGUCAGUAAUAACUGAGUAUCUGGUUUGGAAAAUGAGAUCUGAGUUGCUCAUUUUUGAACUGUUAAUUACUAGUCUAGUAGUAUUUUAAUCCAAAACAGAAUAUUGUGAUAAGCAUGAUGACUUGCAAAUAACUUUAACUGUUAUUUAUUUUGUAGCAAUACUCUAUAGUGAUGGUUUCUAAAUUUAGAAGCACUAACCCUUCCCAGUAAAUGCUAAGUAAAAGGCAUGCAAUUAAUAUUUUUGUUUAAUUUUUUUCUUUUAAUUUUUUUUCUUCCUUUGCAGUGACUUGAUUGCAUGAUCUGCAGCAUGACUGACACUUUGGAUGCAUAAUCUAUUAACCUGUUACUGUUCAAUUUUCUAACCUGCCUACACAACAAAUGUAAUGGUCCAGGUCCCCUCUAAUCUAGACGUAUUACUAAAAGGAACUGGACAACAAACUCUGGUUGAACACACUCUGCUUUUCUGGAACUUGGCAUCAUUCUAACAGACCAGUGGUGUUAUCAUCUUGCUAACAACUGAAGCCAGUUACCCAAUGCUGCAGAUUCUAAUUGUCCAAAGUGAAACCAUGAUUCUGCUAGUAUGGAAUGCUAACUUGAGCACAAAAAUUAAAUAUUUGUUUCCUGAAAUGUGAGUACCUGCAAUAUCAUCUGGUGCCAUUUUCAAGCUAGUUAUUCAAGUGGUAGACUGAGUGUAUGAGCUCAAUUAAGAUUUACAAGAAAAAGACUUGUAUAAACAUAAACAUGAAGCACCUCAGUACUUGCACAAAGGUCAAUAGUUUUAUUACUUUAUCAUCUUAGACUGCUUUUCAAUUUGCCUUCUCUCAGUUCAUAACAUGUUUGUUUACUAUUCAAUUUUCUGCUUUGUUCUCCAAAAUGUAAAGAGGAGUCACAAAGUGCAAGUAUUCAUAAUAUGCACUACAACUUAGUAUUGUAUUUAUUUACCUUUUUGUAUUUUGAUUGAAAUGCAGUAUUCAAUGUUGGAGAAUUAAGGAAAGGUUGUUUGUGUCUCAAAACAUGUUAAAAUUAUUAGUGUUGUAGUUGAGUUUACUCUCUGCUUUCGUCUCAUUGUGUAAUUGCCUAUCUUAAUGCUGCUUAUAUAAAUUAUGUACAUAUAAUAAGCCAACAGAACUGGGUUAUCUUUGUUCAGGAAAUGUUCACAAAGUGAACAUUAUAUUACACUAUCUUUCUUCAAUGUAUCUUUGCCCCAAAUGUUCCACAUACUGCAAAAAAUGUACAGUUCAAUAUAUUGUAAAUAAAGUCUGUCAAUAGUUCAGAAAAGUGUUAA